UCAGGACCAGGAGCAGAAGCUGGAAAACAGACAAAACCUCAGAAGGAGAACCAGAAAAAGUGACAGAGGAUUUGCGUGUGUUUUUGAGAUGUUAAAAGCCCUUCUUCCUCUUCUCUUAGCCACUAAGAAAGACGUCUUGAAACAGUGACAAUGUCUGGUGAAAUUAUCUACUCAAAUGUAACAUUCAGUCGGCCUCAGAAGCAAGAUGAUGUGGCAGAAAGUAAAGUCUCUGAAGCAGCAAGAGAUGGUGAGGGGGACGUCACAUACUCUGACAUCAGAACUGGAACUGUACCACAGGUGAAUGUUCAGAAAGAAAGUGACGUAUGUUCUGCUGACCCCUCUCCCCCAGUGGGGUCAAAGGUUGUGACUCCUGAGAGAGGAUCACAGAGGGUUGUUUUGGUGACCCUGGUGUGUCUCUGUGUUGUACUGCUAGUUCUGUCCAUCACUCUGGGAGUCUUCUAUGUAUCCAACAUCCAUUUUCUUCGAGCUGUGGAAACUAACUUAACCCAACAUACAAGUACAGCCACACGAUGUGCCUCUGGCUGGAAGUUCUACAAUGGAUCAUGCUACCACUUCUCUGAAGACAAACUGACCUGGGAACAGAGUCAAUAUGCCUGUAUCCGUGAAGGAGGACACCUGGUCAUCAUUGAGAGUCAGCAGGAGCAGGACUUUAUUAGAAUGAAGGUGGGAAACACUGAAGUUAAAAACAGCUACUGGAUUGGAAUGACAGACAUUAAGGAGGAGGGAGUGUGGGUCUGGAUGGACAAUACAACCCUUAGUAACAACACCAAGUACUGGGAUCUAAACAAUGGAACAGAUGUCAGUGCCUUUCCAGAACCAAAUAACUGGCCUCCAGGUGAAGACUGUGCCCAAAUGGGUUGGCGCUGUUCUGUUCAAAUCAGUUGUUGGUUUGACCUUGGAUGUGAUAUACCAUCUAAGAGAAUCUGUGAGAGCCGUGCAGCCAACUAUUAAUCCUGCCAAUAUUUUUUUAACCUUCAGCCAGCACAAGAUAGUGGUCAUUGCUGUCGGUACAUUGCAUCACUUUCCCAGACCCAUAUAAGAACUAGCCCUAAACAAAACACAAUGCUUAGUGGAGAUUGUCCAUUUAGGAGUCUGAAACAGUCUGAAACAGUCUGAAACAGUCUGAAACAGUCUGAAACAGUCUGAAACAGAUCCAUAGUGAAUGAUUUGGAUGUGUAUCCAGAGUAACUAGCUGCUGUACAUGUCAUCUUUUUCCAACAGGACCAGUGUUUGUGUUUUACCUUCUGGAUUCAGAAAUGAUAUGUGGGGAGUUCUGGUUUCAUCCAUUUGAUUGUGAUAAACUUCAGGGCUGUUGUAAGCAAUAUCCCUAAGAGAUAUUUAUCAGACCUUCCCUCCAAGCCAUCGGGUAUUACUCCCAGUAUUCCCACCAUAGAGUCCUGUGGGAUAUUUUGUUGAAACACGUCUUUAAGCACAUCAAAUACUUCAUUACAGAAAACAUGUAACAUAGGGCACAGCCAAACUACAAGAAUGGUUUUCAAUUUGUGAUCCACAGUUUCUCCAACAUGAACUUGUUUGAGUUUAUGUUCAUCUUUGAAUCUCUGGCGUCCGGAAGUAUCUAGUGAUUAUUUUCCAUUUAAAUUCCCUCCAUGUGUUUGAAUUUGUCACUAGGCCUGCUUCUGUGAAUAUGUCUUUCCAGGUAUCCUUUUUUCAGAUAUCCAAUGUUUGUUAGCAGUGAAAUUGUUUUAGAUGGUUAACAUGCUGAUUGUAUUUUUUGAGGCUAGGUAAAUGAGUGGAAGGGAUUGUAACCUUAGUGAUAAAUAAAAUAU